AUGAAUGGAGCCAACUACUCUGUGGUGUCUGAGUUUGUGUUCCUGGGACUCUCCAGUUCCUGGGAGAUCCAGCUGCUUUUUUUUUGCUUUUCCUGUCUCUUCUACAUGUUUAGUAUUAUGGGAAACCUCCUCAUAGUGGUCACUGUGACUUCUGAUCCUUGUUUACACUCCCCCAUGUAUUUUCUGUUAGCCAAUCUCUCCAUAAUUGAUCUGAUAUUUUGCUCUAUUGCAGCACCCAAGAUGAUUUGUGAUCUUUUCAGGAAGCGGAAGGUCAUCUCCUUUGGGGGUUGUAUAGCUCAGAUCUUCUUUAGUCAUGCUGUUGGGGGCACUGAGAUGGUGCUGCUCAUCGCCAUGGCCUUUGACAGAUACGUGGCCAUAUGUAAGCCUCUCCACUACCUGACCAUCAUGAGCCCACGGAUGUGCAUUUUGAUUUUAGUGGUUGCCUGGACCAUUGGUCUCAUUCAUUCUUUGGCCCAACUGGCAUUUGUGGUACACUUGCCUUUCUGUGGCCCUAAUGUAAUAGACAGCUUUUAUUGUGACAUACCUCGGCUCAUCAAACUUGCUUGCACAGAUACCUAUAAACUAGAGUUCAUGGUCACUGCUAAUAGUGGGUUCAUUUCUGUGGGUGCUUUCUCCUUGCUCAUUCUCUCUUACAUCUUCAUCGUGGCCACUCUACAGAAACACUCCUCAGGUGGCUUAUCCAAGGCUGCUUCUACACUGUCAGCUCACAUCACUGUGGUGGUUUUAUUCUUUGGUCCACUGAUUUUUUUCUAUAUGUGGCCCUCUUCUUCAACACAUCUGGAUAAAUUUCUAGCUGUGUUUGAUGCAGUUCUAACUCCCUUUCUAAAUCCAGUCAUUUACACAUUCAGGAACAGAGAGAUGAAAGUGGCGAUGAGUAGAGUGUUCAGUAAGCUUACGGGUUUU